AUCUCGCCAGGUUCGCACAUUUCCACUGAUCCUGCGUCGGCGGCCUGUAUUAGCCAGGCGAAGAAAUGGCUCGAUUAUUGCUUGCGAAAGCACCACGCGAGUUGCGGUGCCUCACACACGCAGAAUCUUCUCCCGACACGCGUCAUAGAUGUAGGAUCCUCGACUCAGAAUCCCCACUUAUACGAGCCUGCGCCUAUGGAGACCGGGCGCUAUGCUGCUUUGUCGUAUUGCUGGGGCAAGUCGAGGACGUUUACUACUACCUUAUCGACACUGCGCGACAGGAAGCGCGGGUUUCAACUCGAAGACCUGCCUAAGACCUGCAGAGAUGCUGUCAUAGUGGCUAGAGCGCUGGGCAUUCAGUACGUCUGGAUUGACUCUUGCUGCAUCAUUCAAGAUUCAGCGUCCGACUGGGAGGCGGAAGCAGCCAAGAUGUGCUCUGUAUACUCAAAUUCGCUCAUCACCUUCGCCGGGGUUGACUCUCCUGACAGCGACACCGGGCUCUUCGUGACUGAGCCGGAUCGGCGUACUGUCGCUCUUUCUAUAAUGCUUUCUGAGUAUGGACGGAUGGGCAAUCUUUACGCGCGAAAGAUGAAUUCGAGUUACAAGUUCGGUUUUCUGCAUGCCAGCAGCCGCCCCAUAUCCGAUCCUUCCUGGAACGGCAUUCUCAACUCCCGCGGCUGGACACUUCAGGAGGUCAUUCUGUCGCCGCGCCUGCUCUGCUUCGGCUCGUGGGAGUUGGGCUGGUGCUGCAGAGCCGAAACAGCGUGCGAGUGCGACCCGCUUCUCCGCUCCGAUUUGCUCUUCCGCCAAUCAAAUCUCGCUGAAACUCCAAUGACGAUGUCAAACUUGACGAACCAGGCGUCCCAGGACGAGAGACUGUAUAUCUGGAAAAAGACCGUGUCGCAGUUUACGAGGCGCCAGUUGUCGUAUCAAACGGACCGGUUGCCGGCGUUGGCGGGCCUGGCGGGUGCAAUGCAGGAGCGGAUUGGCGGGCGGUAUGUUGCUGGGAUGUGGGAGAAGGGCAUUGAGACAAUGGUGGUAUGGUACUGCGAGAGAAACACUAAGAAGUAUGGGUCCUAUGGUUCCAGCGGGGUGCAGCUACCGAUGGAGCAAGCCUAUGCGCCGAGCUGGUCGUGGGCAUCUGUCCAAGGUAUGGUG